AUGAACAUCGUCGGUAAAGUCGUUGUAAUCACAGGUGCCUCCAGCGGCCUUGGACAGGCCACGGCCCAUGCUUUGGCCGGGGCUGGUGCAAAAGUAGUAGUUGGCGCCCGCCGCCUCGAACUGUUGCGCACCAUGUGCAAAGACCUGGGCCAGCCAGAAGAAGCAGCGGUGCAAACAGACGUCACCAAGCCGCAGGAUCUUGAAAAACUAGUCAAAACCGCUGUUGAUCUGUACGGCCGUGUCGAUGUGCUCGUCAACAAUGCCGGCUACAUGACGCAGGGCAAUCUCGAAGAGGGCAGAGUGUCCGAAUGGGACACUUGUAUCGAUAUCAACGUCAAGGGCGUCCUGUAUGGCGUAAAUGCGAUCGUUCCGUACUUUAAACGGCAAAAAUCAGGCCAGAUCAUCAACAUAGGCUCAGUUUCCGGAAGAGUUGUCUAUCCCGGCAGUGUGGUGUACUGUGCAUCCAAGUUCGCGGUGAGAGCAAUCAGCGAAGGGCUUCGCCAGGAGCUUAAGCCUUAUAACGUCAGAGUGUUGAACAUGUCUCCUGGAGUUAUUGAGACCGAAAUGGAAGCCAAUGUCGACGUGGAGCCGAUGCCGGCAAGCGCAGUAGCCAACACCAUUGCCUAUGCGAUCGGACAGCCGGAAAACGUUGAUGUCAACGAGAUCAUCAUGCGCCCUACACUACAAGAAUCCUAA